AUGCGAGACGGGUCCAGGCCCGGCCCUAGUGGUGCCCAGUCCAGCCAUGGCUUCGAAAAUGAGGAAGGUUCUAUACCAGAGGACUCAAGUUUCGAAGAGCUAGCCUCCCUGAGGAGUCUCCUACACUUCCCGGAGGAGGUUGCGUUGCGACUCACAGACACCGAGUACCAAUUAUUUUAUCAAACGAGGGGUCGGUGGUCGCCCUGGGUAGAGUGUGCGCGGACAGCGAUGGGCCAUCUCCCUUUCCCACACCAGCCAGACCGAAGUGUGGCGAUCGCGAGAAGCGGAGUCGGCCGGGCCGUCUUGAUCGUAACGCGCGAUGGUGGUCGGUGUAGGCACUUCGCCUUCGCAGAAACCGAACUCCCGUAUUUACACGGUGCAGAAACCUCGGCUCCGACGAGCUGUUACUUGGAGUCCGAGGGGGCCCCGUAG